UUUUUUUCCCUCUUCUUAUUAUUGUGAUAGUGUGUCUACUUGUACUUUUAUCAACCUUGUAAUCAAUCCUUACACCCUUACUCUUCUAUAUACACCAUCCUUCCUCUCUCUUUCUUACCUCUUUAGCCCAGUUUCUCCCAAGUUUCAACAACAUUCUACUCCCACUUUCUCUUCAUCCUCUCCUUCUUUUUCUCAAUGGACACUGUCAGGAUGCCUCACGCAAUAGAGACAGAAAGAACUUCUUUGACAGCAAAUGCGGCAACAGCAGCAACAACAGCUUCAAUACCAUCAGCAUUAGAUGGUACCACCACUAUUACGACAACGGAAGGAUCCCAACCAGAGUUCCCUCCGUCUUCAGAAGAGACAUAUCCUUUUGUUGUUGUCAAGGCACUUUACCCUUAUCGGUCCACAGACACAACCACUAUCUCACUUUCAUUUGAAAAGGAUGAUCUGAUUCAGGUAGUGGCCCAACUGGAAUCUGGCUGGUGGUAUGGCUUUUGUAACGAUAGCCGUGGUUGGUUUCCAUCUAAUUUUGUAGAGGAGAUCACUCAGGCCGACCUAGAGAAUGAACUAGGUCUCAGCUACAGUGCUGACACUGACGAGGACGAGGACGAGGACGAGGACUCACAGGAUGACCAGAGUAAUGAUGAUUUCUGGCUACCCAAGGCAACACCAGAUGGUCAGCUAUAUUACUUUAAUACCCGGACAGGGGCAUCAUCCUGGUCCAUUCCUACGCCAUCCUCAAAAGCAGGACAUUCACAACAGGACAACUUCAACAGCAACAACAGCAGCAGCAGCAGCAGCAGCAAUAGUAAAACUGGCAAUGGAGUCAAUGCAUCAUUAUUAUCAUCAUCAUCAUCAUCCUCAGCCUUUUCUGCAACCGGCACAGCGCCUGGUGCACACACCAAUGCGAUUAUUCCGUCCAUAUCUACAGCUACAUCAACGAUCACAUCCCUUCCUUCAUCUUCUAAUCCAUCGGUUUUAUCUCCUCAUCGCUAUCGUGCUGACUCUGCUACGGCUGAAGGGCCAUCGCCUAAUCUCGAACCCAUGAUUACAGCUACUUCGACUACCCAGCAUAGCCCAACAUUAAUUCGUUCUUCGCCAACAGAUGAAAAGGGGGGCCUAAAAGAUGUACAAGAGCAUGAGCAGAUUAUAGACAAAAGCCAAAACACUACUAACAAUGGUAGCCGUGGUAGUGAUAAUAGUCAUACUCAUGCUCUUGAGCCAGCUGAGACUGACAGCCGCGGAGGGUCUACGCGUCCCAAUUCUUGGCAAGCAUCAGCAGUACCUACAAGAGCAGGCUCUCCAGUGUCGCAAGAUGGUCAACAAUCUUCGAACCAACCUCAACCAAUAAGCGUUCGUAAGCCCUCAACUACACUCAGUGCGCCGAUUGAUCAGGUGAAUGGCUUACCGCCCUUACCAGCAGUGCCCAAUCCCUUCGAAUCUGGUCCUACAUGGGCUUCUCUUGCAGAGCACAUUUCUGGUACAUUGCACAACCUAAUCCAGUCUGCAGAAUGUGGAUACAAGCCCUACUACCAGAUUCAAGCAUCACAUGUGGUCGAGUCUGUCAGGGUAAUGCUUUAUGCUUCAGGGACGAUUGACAAGGACGCGGCCCCAAUUCGACGACAUCGGGCACUCAAGAUCCAUCACCGUCAAAUCAUGGCUGCUCUCUCGAGACUUGUGCUCUCUUCAAAGAUGGCCUCUAGUGUAUGGCCUGCUGAAGGCGCUCUAGCGAAGAUGAGGGCUGAUGCAGACGACGUUGCGAAUGCUGUCAACCAGUACAUCACAAUGGCCCAGGCCCUUGGUGUUACAGUCCAUGAUGUGGAUGCAAAGCUAAUUCUCGAUACUGACAUACCAAUCGAGUCUAAGCCCAUGAAGCUGACUCGUGCCCCCUCCAGCAAUGGACCUCGACCUUCGAUUGAUGCAGGCUCCGAAAAGAUCCCAUAUCGAAGAUCACUGGGAUCAGCAGGUGUCUUGACUCAAUUGGACUACUAUUGCAAGAGCGCUUGCAAAGCUAUUUCUCUUCUCUCGCUUCAGGUCAACAAAAUCCUGGAAAGCCCUCAAGGCAUGAGCUUUGGGAUGAGUAGCGCAGCACCUAAUCCGCGCCCACUCUCUGGCUCUGCUAUCAUGAACUCAGCCCAGUCAUCACAGCUAGUGGCACAAUGUCAGCAGACUAUUUCUCAAAUCGGAUCUUUGUUGACACUAGUGAGUGAGUACUACACCAAAGUGCUGGCUGAUCAUCCAGCUAUCAAAGAUCACAUUUUUUUGGAUGUCCGAGUUUCGAAACAAGCUCUGUACAACAAUGUGGCUGCACUUGUAAUGGCGAUUCAAUUGGCAACAGAUCCUAUGGCACAGACGACGGUUUUAGAGAUGGCCUUGGAGGCCAUUCAAACUGCAGAGACAUCUGUCAUGGAUUUGACAUCCGCAGCCCGCUCACUUGCAGCUGAGAAUGACGAGGCAGAGAAGAUUAUGCGCCCUCGAGUCGUGUCUGAGGCUAGCUCCACACUAGUGAGUGGUAUUAGUUAUACAGCCAGUAGUGUCCAUCGUCAAAGCGAGAUUGAUGAUUAUUUUUUGGCUCGGGACUCGGACAUAGAGAGCGAAACAGUCAGGAGUUCACGCAAUCGGUCUGAUUCCCGUCCAUCGUCCUUAGCAUCCAGUUCAUCCGCCUCUGGCCUCUCCGCGCCUACCACGCCAGGAACAGAAUACACGGUCCGGUCCAAUUCGACCGCAUAUCCUUAUUCACAACCUACGCCCUCCUCUCCCCUCGAAAUCAUGCCGCCAACAUCCCGCCCCAGCAUUUCCAUGUCACAGAAAGCCGAUGCUCGGGGCGCCAAGCUGAAAAAGAUGCUGGGUGAAGAUGCACCCACACCGAAGCCAGCCAAGGCAGUCGAAACUCCCUGGUACUUGGGCCACGACUACUCACCUACUGACAUCUCUUUCAACAUGGAGGGCCAUGUACGAGGUGGCACUUUACCGGCCCUUGUGGAGAGGUUAACUGUGCAUGACGGCUAUGAUGCGAACUUUGUGCAGACGUUCUUGCUCACUUAUCGCUCGUUUGCGUCGACUAGUCAACUCUUUGCACUCUUGUUUCACCGUAUCACUAUCUCGCCACCCCCUGGUUUAGACGCGAACGAAAUGGUGAUUUGGACAGAUCGAAAGUUGACACCGAUUCGAUUGAGAGUAUUCAAUAUCAUAAAGUCAUGGCUUGAGAACUAUUACAUGGAGGAUGAAGAAGAAGAUCGACAAAUCUUGCCAAAGAUCAAAGAAUUUGCGGAAUCGGGUAUCUUGCGGGAUUCGAUGAGUUUUGCAGCUGUACAGUUGAUCAAAUUAGUAGAGAGGCGUGAGACAUCGGAUGGCUCUUUCCGUAAAAUGGUCCUAAACUUGACGACACAGGCACCACAGCCGAUCACGCCAAGGAACCUAAAGCGUGUGCGCUUUAUGGACCUGGAUCCUUUAGAGUUUGCACGACAGCUAACAAUCAUGGAAGCCAAUCAGUAUAAUAAGAUCAAACCAGUCGAGUGUUUGGCUAAUGCAUGGAUGAGUACUGACCCAGAGAUUGCGGCCAGGGCCGCUAACAUUAAGAAGAUGAUCGAGACCAGCAAUCUGUAUGCCAAUUGGAUCAAUGAAAUUGUAUUGAGUGAGAAGGACAUCAAGAAGCGUGCGCUCAUCAUCCGCCACCUGAUUACGGUUGCAGAGAAACUGCGUCUGCUCAACAACUUUAGUAUGCUGUACUCCACUACAGCAGCUUUAGCAUUGUCACCCGUUCAUCGACUGCGAAGGACAUGGGAAUUGAUUCCCUAUCGAGUCAUGAAUACAUUCACACAGCUACAGCAGAUGACAAGUCCAGCAAAGAGCUAUCGGGACUACCGACAGGAGCUACAUUCCGCCAACCCACCGUGCGUUCCUUUUGUGGGUGUGUAUUUAACAGAUUUAGUGAUGAUUCAGGAUGGUAACCCGGAUUUCUUAAAGGGUACAGAUCAACAUAUCAACUUUUAUAAGCGAGUCAGCACUGCAGAGGUUAUCCGGGAGAUUCAGCAAUACCAAUCGGUGCCUUAUUGCCUGACGGUUGUGCAAGAGAUCCAGACAUAUAUCCGGAAAGGAUUAGAUCAUGCCAAAUCAGUUCAGGACCUGCAUGAGAUGAGCGUUGCAUUGGAACCAAGGGAGGGAGAGGAAGAAAAAAUCACUCGAUUGCUAUUCGAAUCUGGAUUCCUCCCCAGCUCUGUACAAUAAAUUAUUUAUUAUUUUUGAAAA